AUGCGUAUAGUUGCUUCUGUUUCCCAGAGAAACAGAGAAUUAUCUUCACCGUGUUACAUCUUUGUUCAUCUAACAAUAGCAAGGCCACCUGCGUUUUUUUCAAUCACGAUAAAGAUGAGAGGUAGAGAAGUCAGCUGCUUACUGAUCUCCCUCACCGCAGUCUGCCUUGUGGUCACCCCUGGGAGCAGGGCCUGCCCCCACCGCUGUGCCUGUUACGUGCCCACAGAGGUGCACUGUACUUUUCGGUAUCUGACCUCCAUCCCAGACAACAUCCCCACCAAUGUGGAACGCAUAAAUUUAGGGUAUAACAGCCUAUCUAGAUUGACAGAAAAUGAUUUUUAUGGCCUGGACAAACUGGAGUUACUCCUGCUGCACAGUAACGGUGUUCAUACAAUCGCCGGCAAGACCUUUGCAGGCUUGCCAUCCUUGCAGGUCUUAAAAAUGAGCUAUAACAAAGUCCAAAUAAUUCAGAAGGAUACUUUUUACGGGCUGAGGAGCUUGACACGGCUGUACAUGGAUCACAACAGCAUCGAGUUUAUCAACCCUGAGGCUUUCUAUGGACUCACCUCGCUCCGCCUGGUACAUUUAGAAGGAAAUCAGCUCACAAAGCUCCACCCAGACACAUUUGUCUCAUUAAGCUAUCUCGAGAUAUUUAAAACAUCUUUCAUUAAGUACCUGUACUUAUCCGAUAACUUCUUGACCUCCCUCCCGAAAGAGAUGGUCGCCUCUAUGCCAAACCUAGAAAGCCUCUAUCUACAUGGAAACCCAUGGACCUGUGACUGCCAUUUAAAGUGGUUGCCUGACUGGAUACAGGGGAAGCCAGAUGUAAUAAAAUGCAAGAAGGACAGAAACUCCUCUAAUUCUCAGCAAUGCCCCAUUUGCAUGAAUCCUAGGGUCUCUAAAGACAGACCCCUUGCUAUGGUACCAGCUGGAGCUUUCCUAUGUACAAAGCCAAUCAUUGACCCAUCACUGAAGUUAAAGGGCCUGGCUAUUCAGGAGGACAAUGGAUCUGCUUCCAUUUCACCCCAAAAUUUCAUAGAACCUUUUGGCUCCCUGUCUUUGAACAUGACAGACCUCUCUGGAAAUAAGGCCAAUGUGGUCUGUAGUAUCCAAAAGCCAUCCAGGACAUUGCCAAUUGCAUUCACUGAAGAAAACGACUGCAUCAGUCUAAAUACCUCAUUUUCAACAAAUCUGGUGUGCAGUGUAGACUAUGAUCACAUUCAGCCAGUGUGGCAACUUCUAGCUCUGUACAGUGACUCUCCUCUGAUAUUAGAAAGGAUGGCACAGCUAACUGAGACUCCAUCACUGUCUUCCAAGUAUAAACAGGUGGCUCUUUUGCCUGAAGACAUUUUUACCAACAUAGAGGCUGAUUUCAGAGCAGAUCCUUUUUGGUUUCAACAAGAAAAAAUUUUCUUGCAGCUGAACAGAAAUGCCACGACACUCAGCACAUUACACAUCCAGUUUUCCACUGAUGCUCAGAUCACGUUACCAAGGACAGAGAUGGGAGUGGUGAAACUCAAAUGGACCAUGAUUCCGAUGGUGAACAACACCAAACUGGAACAUACUGUUUUGGCUGGUGGCACUAUUGUGUUGGACUGUCCAGGCCAAGGUGACCCUGCACCGCAUUUGGAAUGGCUUCUAGCUGAUGGGAGUAAAGUGAGAGCCCCUUAUGUUAGCGAGGAUGGGCGAAUCCUAAUAGACAAAAAUGGAAAGUUGGAACUUCAGAUGGCUGAUAGCUUCGAUACAGGCCUUUACCACUGUAUAAGCACCAACUAUGCAGAUGCUGAUAUUCUCACAUACAGGAUCACUGUGGUAGAGCCCUAUGUAGAAAACAUGCAUGAAAAUGGCAUUCAACAAACAGUGGCUGCUGGUGAGACACUUGAUCUGCCGUGCCUUUCCACUGGUAUUCCAGAUGCUUCUAUUAGCUGGAUUCUUCCAGGAAACACUGUGUUCUCUCAUUCUUCCAGAGACAGACAAAUUCUUAACAAUGGGACUUUAAGACUAUUACAGGUUACUCCAAAAGACCAAGGUCAUUACCGUUGUGUAGCAGCUAACCCAUCAGGGGCUGAUGUUUCCAUUUUUCAAGUGUCAGUCCAAAUGAAAGGCCAAGCUGAGCAUGAUAAAGAAGCAGAUGGAUCUGGACUCGGAGAACCCAGUCCCAGUGUUCCCCCUAAGCAGCCACUAUCUCUGAAAGUCUCCACAUCAGCUUUGACGGGGUCAGAAGCUACAAAACAAGUCUCUGGCGUACACAAGAAAGACAAAUACAGAGACUUAAUACAUCAGCGGCGUGGGGAUUCCACACGCCGGCGUUUCAGGGAACACAGGAGGCAGCGUCCUCUCUCUGCUCGGAGGAUUGACCCCCAACAGUGGGCAGCACUUUUAGAGAAAGCAAAAAAGAAUUCUGUACUGAAGAAGGAAGAAAACACGACAGUAAAGCCAGUGCCGCUGGCUGCCCCACGUCUGGUGCUUCCCGGUGACAGAGAAGAUGCUUCUGGCAUGAUUUCUCUAGAUGAAGAAUCCACGGUUCUGAAAAUGAAGGCUUCUGGCAUGCCCGAAAGGUCCCUAGCUGCUGACUCUAAAGCAGUGAAUCAUGGCUCUGUGACAGGUGUAACUAACGGCACAGAAGUCUCCUCAACUGUGAAUCCACCAACACUACAAUCCACACACCUCCCUGAUUUCAAAUUAUUUAAUGGUAUCGGCAUCACAGCUGUGUCAAAGAGUAUAAGGCCAACCAUAGCAAGCAAAAUGGAAGAUACAGCCAACCAAAAUCCAACCAUCCCCUUUCCAUCAGAAACAGUUGUCACUGAAAUUCAAGACUCUACUCAGGUAGGGAGGAGAGCAUCUUCCCAAAGUGCAUACCCAGUAACACGGGAAGCCAUGGCUGCCACUGGCCAUCCCAACAGGUUUAGUAGCGUCACCAACAGAGCCGAUAUAGUUGUGCAGUCAGCGAAUCCAGCAGAAAGUUACGAGCAUCAGAUGCCUCUAACAGGAGUCAGCAGAGCCGGGAGUAGUGACACCUUUUCUCAUGCUACUGGAGGUCCUAGCUUCCCCAAGCCCCUCUCAGAUUCACACACUGCUGCCCCUUCUCUGCUUCACAUUCCUAAAAACAAUACAGCUAAUGUCCCCUUGUCCAGGCACUUGGGAAGAGAGAGGACAACUUGGAACAGAGGGCGAGUUGCAAGCCCACACAGAACCCCCGUUCUCCGACGGCAUAGAUACAGGAUUGUGAGGCCAGCACUCAAGGGACCUGCUAACAGAAACACUAGUCAAUUUUCAGCCACAGAGGCCCAUGGGAUGUGCCAGACCUGUUCUCCCACAGAGAGGCCCACUCUGUCUACCGCAGCACUGUCCGUUCCAGAUUUAUCCCUCAGCACGUUCUCCAAAGCUAAUGAUGCUGGGGUCCUAGCAGAAGAGCCUACCACUGUGGUCAAGAAACCACCAUUACUAUUUAAGAACAAACAAAAUGUGGAUAUUGAGACAAUAACAACCACUGUAAAAUAUUUCACAAGUGUAAGCACCCGAGUGACUCCUCCUAAAGUUAACAUGACUUCUGCUCCAACACCUGUAUCCCUGGAAACAACUACUAUAAACAAUAGUGGUUACCAGAGCACAUCUAGGACCAUCCAAGCUGAAAAAGCUUCAAACGUAACAUCACCACACUCCAGUCCCCUUACCAAACCCUCAAUGCCAACCAAAGCAACAAGCACAAAACUCUCAAGGAGGAAAAUUCCCUGGCACCAGGUCUUUGUAAAUAAUCAUGGCAAAAAGGGGAUGUCAAAGAAUCUGCAGCAAUUUGAUUUACAAAAGAACACAGCUACAAUGUUUCCCAAAACUGCUCCUCUUUCACCCACAGAGGCUGGCUCCCCCUCACAUUCUGCAAUGCUCUCUGCAAGUUCUAUGGCAUCACCGUCAGCAGCCAUAGCUGCCACUCACCAUGAUGCCACGGAAGCACAAGGCAUCACUAGUCUCUCAGCAGGAAAGGAGCAGCCCCUCGCCACCUCCUACCCAGUGCUUCCCAGUACCAUAAGCAAGAGAUCUACAGUGAGCUUCCUGUCAGUCGAAACAGCCACACGGACAACUCCUACUGCCCCUACAUCUGUUAUUAGCUCUGAAACCCAGAGAGCAAGAUCCAGGAAAGCAAAAGAACAAAUAAAGGGGCCUCGGAAAAACAGGAAGAACCCAAACAGCAUCCCUAGGCAGAUUUCUGGCUCUACCAUGUACCCAGCUCCAACAACAGCUGAUACUUCCUUGGCUUUUACACAUUCCCCACUGCAUGACACUGGUAACACUGUGAGCACAGCUGCUCCUCACACAGCCACCAAUCUCCUGGGCAUAACUGAAAUAUCCCAGAAGAGCACUCAGACUUUGACAAAUACAACAGGUUCAGAAAGAACUUUGUUCAGCAAAUCACAGGAGAGUACCACAAUGAAAAGAGCCUCAGCCAUACCACCAUUCCCCAGUAGUGGGGUGAUCCCAAGGCCCAUUCUUUCCCCUCCUCCCUUUACUAACGGUAUGGUUACAGACAGCGAGGUCGCAUCGGCUUUCAACAUGGCAACAAAUAGAAUGUUCACCAUAUACGAGUCCUCAAGGCACAAUACAGAUCUGCAGCAAUCCUCAACAAAGGCUACCCUAAAUCCUGAGGUCAUAACUGGAGCCACUGACUUCCCAUCCACUAUUCUGUUUCCCUCCACUCCUAUGCCAGCUCUAAGAAAGGAUACACCACAGAAUUCUAAAUGGAAGCCCUUGCCUUGGCCAGAAAACCAGUUUCAGCUCAAGUCAUAUUCAGAAACUACUGAAAAGGGUAAAAGGCCAGCUCUGAGCACGUCGCCCCCUCUCAGCUUUCAAGGGGCCAGCACUCAUGCCCUACAGUAUGGACAGAACCAUGCAGAGAAGAGUGUCUCUGAUAAGAAACCUGUUCAAAAUCCAACUCCCAAACUCCUUCCCCAUGACUCACUACCUAGGACUGUACUGGAAAAACCAAGAAUCGUUGGAGGAAAGGCUGCAAGCUUUACUAUUCCAGUUAACUCCGAUGCCUUUCUUCCCUGUGAGGCUGUUGGAAACCCCCGGCCCACCAUCCGCUGGACCAGAGUCUCAUCAGGACUUGAAGUAUCCCAAGAGACACAGAAAAACAGGUUCCACAUACUUCCCAAUGGCACCUUGUCCAUUCGGAGGGUCAGUAUUCAAGACCGAGGACAGUACCUGUGUUCUGCAUCUAAUCCAUUAGGCACAGACCACUUUCAUGUCACACUGUCUGUGGUUUCCUACCCUGCUAAGAUCCAGGAGAGACAAGCCAAGGAGAUCACGGUUUAUUCUGGAAGUACUGUGGAAUUAAAGUGCAGAGUGGAAGGUAUGCCAAGGCCUACAAUUUCCUGGGUACUUGCAAACCAAACAGUGGUCUCAGAAACAUCCAUGGGAAACAGAAGGGUCUGGGUAACACCCGAUGGGACCUUGACCAUCUAUCAUCUGAGUGUUUAUGACCGUGGAUUUUACAAGUGUGUGGCCAGCAACUCCGCUGGCCAGGAUUCACUGUUGGUUAAGAUACAAGUCAUCACAGCUCCUCCUGUUAUUAUAGAGCAAAAGAGGCAAGCCGUCACUGGGACUUUGGGUGAAAGUGUGAAACUGCCUUGCACUGCAAAAGGAACUCCCCAGCCCCGUGUUCACUGGGUGCUCUCUGAUGGGACUGAACUAAAACCACUGCAACUGGCUCGUUCCAAGUUUUUCUUGUAUUCAAAUGGGACUCUGUCUAUUAAAAACAUCGCUCCUUCAGACAGGGGCACUUACGAAUGCAUUGCCACCAGCUCUUCGGGUUCAGAGAGAAGGGUAGUGGUUCUCACAGUGGAAGAGCAAGAGACAGUCCCCAAGAUAGAAAUUGCCUCUCAAAAAUGGACAGAGGUGAAUUUGGGUGAGAAGUUACUUCUGAACUGCUCGGCUACUGGGGAUCCAAAACCUAGAAUAAUCUGGAGGUUACCAUCCAAGGCUGUCAUUGACCAGUGGCACAGAAUGGGCAGUCGAAUACAUGUCUAUCCAAAUGGAUCCUUAGCUAUUGGACUGGUGACAGAAAAAGAUGGUGGUGACUACUUAUGUGUGGCAAGAAACAAAAUGGGAGAUGAUCUGAUCCUGAUGCAUGUCCGCCUAAGAUUGACACCUGCCAAAAUUGAACACAAGCAGCAUUUUAAGAAGCAAGUGCUCUAUGGAAAAGAUUUCCAAGUCGACUGCAAGGCUUCUGGCUCCCCUGUGCCUGAGGUUUCCUGGAGUUUGCCUGACGGAACAGUGAUCAACAAUGCAGUGCAAGCUGAUGACAAUGGCCACAGGACCAAGAGGUACACACUUUUCCACAAUGGAACCUUGUAUUUCAACAAAGUUGGGAUUGCAGAGGAAGGAGAUUAUAUUUGCUACGCCCAGAACACCUUAGGGAAAGAUGAAAUGAAAGUCCACCUAACAGUUGUAACAACCAUUCCACGGAUAAAGCAAAGCUACAAGACCAACAUGAGGAUCAAGGCUGGAGACACAGCUGUCCUUGACUGUGAGGUCACUGGGGAACCCAAGCCAAAUGUAUUUUGGUUGCUGCCUUCCAACAACGUCAUUUCAUUCUCCAAAGACAGGUACAUAUUUCAUGCCAAUGGAACUUUAUUCAUUAAUAAGUUGAAGCCGCUUGACUCUGGGGAGUAUGUAUGUGUGGCUCGGAAUCCAAGCGGGGAUGACACUAAAAUGUACAAACUGGACAUUGUCUCUAAGCCUCCAAUAAUCAAUGGUCUGUACACAAACAAAACUUUUAUCAAAACCUCAGCUGUUCGGCACUCCAAAAAAUACCUUGACUGCAGAGCAGAUGGGAUCCCAUCUCCCCAAAUCAUGUGGAUUAUGCCAGGCAAUAUUUUCCUCACAGCUCCAUACUAUGGAAGCAGAAUCACAGUCCAUAAAAAUGGAACCUUGGAAAUUAGGAACAUCAGGCUUUCUGACUCAGCAGAUUUCAUCUGUGUGGCUCGGAAUGAAGGAGGGGAGAGUAUGUUGGUGGUGCAGCUAGAAGUCCUGGAAAUGCCAAGAAGGCCAACAUUCAGAAACCCAUUCAAUGAAAAAGUAGUUGCUCAGGUUGGCAAGUCUACAGCACUGAACUGCUUUGCAGAUGGGAACCCACCGCCUGAAAUAAUUUGGAUUUUACCUGAUGGCACACGAUUUUCUAAUAGACCACAAAAUUCCCCGUACCUGAUAGCAAGCAAUGGUUCUCUCAUCAUUUAUAAAGCAACUCGGGACAAGUCAGGAAAGUAUCGCUGCGCAGCUAGAAAUAACGUUGGCUAUAUCGAGAAACUCAUCCUACUAGAAAUUGGGCAGAAGCCAGUUAUUCUGACAUACGCAUUGGGGAUGGUAAAAAGUGUCAGUGGGGAAACUCUAUCACUGCACUGUGUGUCUGAUGGAAUCCCGAAGCCAAAUGUCAAAUGGACUACACCAAGUGGCCAUAUAAUAGACAGACCCCAAGCUGAUAGAAAAUACAUACUGCAUGAAAAUGGCACACUGGUCAUCAAAGAAACAACAGUCUAUGACAGAGGAAAUUAUAUCUGUAAGGCUGAAAACAGUGUUGGGCAGGCAGUGAUUACUGUUCCAGUGAUGGUCGUGGCCUACCCUCCCCGAAUUAUAAACCGCCCACCCAGGCGCAUGCUCAGAAGGACAGGAGAAGCAAUGCAGCUCCACUGUGUGGCCCUGGGUGUCCCCAAGCCAGGAAUCACCUGGGAGAGGCCAGGACAGUCCCUGCCCUCCAAGGCAACAGAAAGAAAAACCCAUGGAAGUGAGGUGCUUCACCCACAAGGCACCCUGGUCAUUCAGAACCUCCAAAUCUCAGAUUCUGGAGUCUAUAAAUGCACAGCACAGAACCUACUUGGCACUGAUUAUGCGACAACUUACAUUCAAGUACUCUGACAGGAAGUAAAACUAAAAUUGAACGAAGUCAACAUCUGAAGAGUUUAUUUUUUUUUUUUUUGGAAGAAGUUUAAUCAAAGGCAGCCAUAGGCAUGUAAAUGAAUCUGAAUACAUUUACAGUAUUAAAUUUACAAUGGACAUGCAAAAGAGACUUGGAAAUAAAUGCAUUAUGAACUGAUACUGAGUUUCUAUGGAUUUCAACGCAAACUCUUAACUUAAGGCACUUUGAUUUUGCCAACAAAUAACAAACAUUAACAGAAAACAAUCCACCACAAAAUAACAAAUGGCUAAUGCACCUGGAUUUUCAGUAAAGAGACCUUUCAAAGCUCACUAUCAGUUGCCAGCUGCCUGGUGUCCAUCUUCUACCAAUGCUACAAAAAAAUUGCGCUCAGAAUGGAAACAAUUGGAAAGGCUAAAUUUGCAGACUAUGUAAAUCUUAAUGUACAAAUAUUUUGUCACUGGUUUAUAAACAUUUUGAUAAAAUCUACAGAAAACAAGAGCUGAGUGUUUUGAGUAUGAUUAUUAGUUUACCAUUUGUUCACACUGGAGAAUCUCAUUGUUUUCACACCUGCAUUAAAACAAAACAAAUACAGCUUUUCUACAUGUUCAGGGCAGGCUAAUGCUCACCCAUCAGAAAGUGUAGAAAGGGUAUUCACAUUUGUCUAUACCCUUGUCAUCCUGAAAAUGCUUAAUGGGUUCAGUGAAACUUCUUUAUAGCUUUAAAACCUAGAUCAGGCACCCAUGGUUUGGAGCCAUUUAUAAGAAAAUUUUUCUAAGGAGGAAUCAGUCCAAGGGUCUAGACCUUAGGUAUAAUAAAGUUUCAUUGUAUUUAAAAUGUGAAUGUUGUUUUUUUAUGAUUCACUGUACUUACAUUACAUGUUUAAUUCAAACCAAAUAUUUAUGAGGGUAUCAUAUGCUUUACCUGUUUUAUUCUAAAGGCUGGGAUUUUCUAUAAUUUCUCUGGCUCCUGUACGAAUAUUCAUCUAUUUAUGAGCUACAGGAGUCUUGUAAAAAAAAAAAAAAAAAGCAAAAGCCACCGUAAGUCUUACUCGGUUAACUUAGAACACUAAAACCAAGGGCUUUGUUAGCUUGUGCCAAUCAUUUCAGACUUGAUUUCAUUGUGUCUCCAUCAUGCUUUCUUUUGGGCCCUACCUCAGACGUGAGCUGACUGCAGUUAGCAUAUGGCUGCCAGAGGUCAAAUGAUACCCACUGUAGAGUGAAUUAAUGCAACCCUAUAAGGAAUCACCUUAAAACAUAACACAUAUGUUAAGGAAUUAUUAUAGCAAGAAAUGGUGGUCAGUAUACCCAAUUCCAUUAGAUUUCAAGAUCUGAUAUUUAAUAGGAGCUGGAGUGUUCAUCUUAAGAUAAUUUUUUAUCUGCAACCCACUAAGAAAAUGACAAGGUUCUGCAUUAGGGCUUUUCCUU